UGGGAACAUACUGUACACAGCAAUUGCAAUAUUCAGACAAGACCAAUCAAAUUAUGACAAACUGCUAUUUUAAAUAGACUUUUGGUACUUUUCAUUUAUUUUGUAGGAAUGUAUUUAGAAAUUAGAAAUGAUAUGCACGUUAUAAUUGUUGAAAUGUUUUAUUCAAACGCCUGCUGUAGAGCUAUUUCUUCAUACGCAGUCAAUCUGAGGAGCUGCGAAUGUACACCAGUAGUUAUUCGUCAGUGCGCUGACGUCAAUCUCCCUCGGUGGUUCACCGUUCGUUAAGGUUUUCCCGGCCGCGCUGUAGUGUUUGUGUGCAUUCAGGGCGAACAUGGCCGCAGGUCCUCUCUCCGCUGUUUCCAACACGUCUACGAAUAACGAUGGAAUUCUUAUCGGCGACAGAGUGUAUUCUGAAGUUUACCUUACUAUCGACAAUUCACUUAUACCAGAGGAAAGGCUUUCGCCGACCCCGUCAAUGUCCGAUGGACUCGACCUGCACAUCGAGACCGACCUUCGAAUCCUGGGAUGCGAGCUGAUUCAGUCGGCUGGUAUUCUUCUCCGUCUGCCCCAGGUGGCUAUGGCUACCGGGCAAGUUCUCUUUCAUCGGUUUUUCUACUCCAAGUCGUUCGUAAAACACAGCUUCGAGAUUGUUGCCAUGGCCUGUGUCAAUUUGGCCUCCAAGAUCGAAGAAGCCCCAAGACGAAUCAGAGACGUUAUCAAUGUGUUUCACCACCUGCGACAAAUCAGAGGCAAAAGGAGUGCAAGUUCAUUGAUUCUUGAUCAGAACUACAUAAAUACCAAAAACCAAGUGAUCAAAGCUGAACGGCGGAUCCUGAAGGAGCUGGGCUUCUGCGUGCACGUUAAACAUCCUCACAAGAUCAUCGUCAUGUACCUUCAAGUCCUGGAAUGUGAGAAGAACCAAACGUUGGUCCAGACCGCCUGGGUAGUCCAUGCUGGUAAGUCUCAUAAAGAACCUCUGAACUCUGCCUCCUCCAACCACAUGACCUCAGGAAGCUCCCCCCCAUUGGUUGGCUGCCCUUCUCCAGACAGCCAAUCCCAGUGAGAGCUCUGUGGCGAGAUCACUGAAGGGGGCGGGCCUUUCCAACUGCCAACAUCAUCAUGUUUUCUCUUGGGGGUGUCAAAAGGAUUUGUAUUUUGUUUUUGUUGGUUUGCUUCCAAGGUUACCAGUUUAAAGACUUUUUUUCUGGUAGUUUAGAUUUUAAUACAACUGCAUUCUACUUUUUUUUUUUUUUUUUUUAGUUAAGUUUACCUGAAGUUUGAAGUGAAGUACAUGCAUACAUAUAUCUAUUUUAGAUGUAACCGUUUUUCUGGGUAUGUGUAAUGCAGUAGUUGUAAGUGACCUGUUGACCUGUAUCCUGUCCCCUCUGCCGUGGUCUCCAGACGAGCGUUCCAGGAUCAUCCAGCUCAGGACCUGUCUCCAGUCACCCUGCAGCCUAUCUGUAUCCACUGUCCUGUCUCUGUAGAGCCAGCUCAGCUCAGGGCCCAGGUGCUUCCUACCCAGCCUGGGAGAGACCCCCGGGUGUGCUGCCUCGGACGCUUUAGUAGAGCCGGAAGGUUCCAGAAGUUUUUUUUUUUUGUCUUUUAGAUAUCGUCGGGGCACACACACUGGGGUCUUCUGACACGCAGGGAGCGGACGUGGAAUAAGAUUGACAAGUGGAGUCAGUGUCUAGGGUUAUUUGUUGUCUGCCUUGUUAUGUUUGACUCGGGAUAAGUUGGCGUUUUGGGGGGGGGGGGGGGGGUGCACCGGAAGCUGUUACCACCUCAUCUGCCUGUGUCCCUCUGCGACAUGUAUGUUCCUGCCGGGGCAUAGAUGCUUACAACGAUCGCUGUGGCAGUCGACACUCACAGCCUCGCGUGUAUCUCCCAUCUAGUCGCCAUAGUGCUGGCAGCUACCCGAUCACACUUAGUGUGAAAACCAACUGAGCGGAGCUUUUACUCUCAGUAGUUUAGUAUUUCAUUCCAUAGCACCAGUCUGAGCUGUCCACUCCUGCACGUACCCUCUGCCCCAGACAUGGAAUGACUGUCCAACCAUCCAGUCACAGCAUUUACCCAUACCCACUUACCCCCCCCUCCCCAGUAUGUCUGCAUGUGCAGUUGUAGGCAUGUGACAUUAUCUACAUGUUCGGUGUGUAAACUAUGGGUGGAGCAGGCCUGGAUGUAGUCCACGGUAUGGUAAGAUGUCUCUGUGGUACAGCCCCCCGACACAGGGCCCAGUCCACUGGAAGUGCUUCUCAUCUGUUGUGCAUGGACGACUCCCAAACUACAUGGAGGCACCAGAGAGAGAGAGAGAGAGAGGACAAAGUUAACCUAGAGUCUCCGUUCCUGUUUCUGUGUUAUGGUUCUACUGCAGUGUUGCUCCCCUGAAGCUUGCGCUCUCCAGCCCGGCCUUGGACACAGCUGUGGCUUGCAGCAGGCUUUUGCUCCAGCCCAGCUCCACCAUCCCUCCCACACACCCAGCCUGAGAGCCAGGCUGUAUAGGGUGGGCGUAAGGGCAGGUUGGUAAGGCCUGGGACUGUCAGAAAAGCCUGCCUCAAGCCUAGGGCUCUCCCCUUUGGUCCUGGGCGGGCUUGGUGACCACAGCUGUGGAUCAGGGCUGGGCUGUGAUG